CUCACAGUCAAAAUAAAGAUGGCCGAGUCGGCUUCAGUUCAUAGUCACGUGUUUAAUAAGGCGCAUAGUGACGUCAUAUCUGGCAAGGGGAAUGUUAUAUGCCAGAAAUGAGUGAAAAGCAGGACGGGAAGGUAAAAGAGAUGGCUAAAAAGAAAAUGAUUGAAAGAAUUUUGACUCACACCCUGGAGAUUAUCUACCUGCUGACGGGAGAGGUCUCGGUGCUGCAGGAAUUGAUGAACUCACUAAUGAUGAGAGAGAGGAACAAAGACAAGAAGAGGCUAACUCAGAGGGUCUUGAGUCACACGCUGGGGAUUCUCUACCUGCUAACUGGGGAGGAAUACACCAUUGUGAAGAAGAAUUCCCCCCAGAGCAGUAGUCACCAACCAUCCGGAGAGGUGCCUAUACAGUGUGAUGAUGUUGCCGUGUAUUUUUCUGUGGAGGAGUGGGGCUAUAUAGAAAGACAUAAGGAGCUUUACAAAGACGUCGUGAUGGAGUCUCACCAGACCAGUAGUGUUUUGGAAACCACAUCGCAUGGGAGCUCAGAACUCCACCAUAAAAAUACUGAGACUGCAUCAAAUAUGGAGGCCGAAGUGGAAGUGAAAAAGGAAGGGGCUAUCCGGGUGAUUGGCAACUCUUCAGCGCCCUGUGCAGGUGAGCAGACAGUAUGA